GGAUGAGAAAGAUAUACAAGCUGGACGGGAGUAUAUGGUGCGCGCGGAGGGGUAUUGGUCGGCUGUGUGGUACACGGCUUUGGGUGAUAUUACGGAGGAGCAGAGGGAUCAUUCUUUGAAUGCGACGACGGGGGAGUUUUUGUCGAAUGUUGGACGCGUCAAGGUAGAAUGAUUCCGGUCCUAUCAAUGUGGCUUACAGAGCGUUUGGUGUAACGUGAGGAUGGGUUAUUUCGGGUCUUUCAUAAGAUGGAAAUCUCGGGGUUAUUCCUGAUAUCGGCGUAUUUAAACCAGACAAAAACACCUAGAAAGUUGCAGAAAUUCAAGUAACAGCCAUGUCUGCUCCAGAGCAAAGAAUCGAUAUCCAAAAUGACGCCCUACGCGUCUUCGAUAUCCUUCAAUCCGGCGGCAUCGCCAUAAUCCCCGCCAGCGUCGGCUAUGGAAUUGUAGCCACCGACCCCGAAGCUCUACAACGCGUCUUCAACACCAAACAGCGCCAGCCGCACAAGAAGCACGCCAUGAUAGGUAGCUACGCGCUCCAUCGCGAACUACACGUUCUCCCUCCACGCGAGACUGAAAUGGUUCAUCUCUUCACGGUCGACCUCGACCUGCCUCUCGGUGUGAUUGCGCCGUUCCGCGAAGACCACCCGAUUAUCCAGAAACUGGGGAAGGAGCCACUGCAGCGGAGCUCUGUCGACGGGACGCUUUCAAUGCUCGUGAACGGGGGUAAAUUCCAGGAGGAACUAUCGCGGUUGGCGACUGAGGCUGGUCUUCCACUCAUGGGAUCGUCGGCCAAUUUGACCGGAAAAGGGACUAAGAGUACAGUUGAGGAUAUUGAGCCGGAAAUUCGUGAGGCGGCGGAUAUUAUCAUAAACUAUGGUCGACAGCGGUAUUCCUCGCCGCGGCCGUCGUCGACUAUGUUUGAUUUUAAGAAUAUGAGGUUGAUGCGGUUUGGAGCCUGUUUUGAUGUGAUUCAGGAUGCCUUUUGGAGGUUCUAUGGGAUUCGGUUGCCGGAUGAUCCGGGACGAGAGAUGCUUUUUUCGGGGCAUUUAGAUGCCAAUGCGAAUGUUUAUAGAUAGGGUCUAUCCAGAUAUCUCUAUCCUAACGGGAAGCUUAAGACUAUGAACUAGUAAUAAUGUACAUGGACUC